UAGAAUUAACAGAUUUCUGAGGACUCCGUCUUACCAGAUAUGUAAUAUUAAAACUGAGGUGUGUUGAAUUUUCGUGGCCACUGCUACGGACUUGUGCUGCGCUCUUUUAGGUAUCUGCCCUUCCGUUGCGUCUAUGAUUGCAGUCGAUGGCUCGAGCGCUAUUGAGAUGGGCUUCCUUCACUUCCCUCGAGACUUCCUCUCGUCUUCCUUUCGUCCAACUCCCGCGGACCCUUAACCCCCGCGCCACAAGCUUGGCCUUCUCCUCCUCCAACGACGCCGCCGCCGCCGCUUCCGCUUCUAACUACAUCCAUCUCUCCGACGAGCAGCUCAUGGCGCAGUGCGACAUGGAUACCUUCAAGGCCUCCGGCCCCGGCGGCCAGCACCGGAACAAGCGCGAGUCCGCCGUUCGCCUCUCCCACCGACCCACCGGCAUCGUCGCCCAGGCCGUCGAGGAGCGGUCACAGCACAAAAAUCGGGCGAUGGCUCUGACCCGAUUGCGGACUUUGUUGGCUCUCAAAGUCAGGAAGCCAAUAGACUUGGAUGGAUACACACCUCCUUCAGAGCUUCUUCAGAUCCUACCUGCCAAGUCAACAAUUAGGGGAAAAGAUGUUGGUCCUCAGAUUGGUCCCAACAAUCCUAAAUUUGCUCUGGGAAUGCAGGCUUUGUUAGAUCUAAUAUUUUCUGUAGAAGGCUCCGUGUCAGAAACAGCAAAAAUAUUGGGGCUAAGCACUGGUGCUUUGUCAAGGUUGAUACUGUCAGAUGAUUCUCUUAGAGUGACAGUAAAUGAGCUGAGGACAUCAAAGGGAAUGAGGCCUCUCAGGUAAUGAAGUCUACAACCUCAAACAACCAGUACAUGAGCAGGCUCAAACGACCAGAUAGAAGGUCUUUUGGUGGCUGCACUGCCUCUCCUAUUGUGAUAUCGAACAGAGGUUGUGCUACAAGACUCCAAAUGCUAAUCGCCAAUUUUGUUUGUUGCAGAAGGAAUGACAUGCCAUUUUCUUCUAGGAAAUAAUAAACAACACUAUGUUGGAUCUCGAAGUUAUCGCAGUAGUGAGAUGCAGACUCCAUAUGUGAGAUGGUAUUACUUUGUGACCUUUAUUAUUAGCUGAUCAUGAGAACUCAGGAGACGAGGCUAUUGUUCUUAA